GGACGCGCGCCAGUCUGCCACCGACGCUUUAGUAGCACGCUUGUGUCGUGUUUCGAAUCAAAUCGCGCGCGCGUUCGAAACUUUGACGUCUGUCACUCAAGUGCUGAUUUAAGUUCUACGAAACAACUUAAAUUCAGUAACUGUGCGCUUUAACUAUAAUUACAAUGUGAAGUUAUUUCGAAAAAUAUUGAAAAAAUAAUUGUGUGUGCUGUGAUGUGACAAUGGUGGACUAACUCUGUGCUGUUCUGUGCUGUGUUUUGUUGGAUUUCGCUAUCGGUUUCCUAGCGGUGUCAUGUUGUAAAUCUUAGCAAGUAUGGAGAGCCGCGUGGGCCUGGACUACAUAGUGGAGCACGCGGAGUACGCUGGCAAACUAGCGGCCGCGCUCACGUCGCCCACUGCAGCUGUCAAGAAACAAGUAUUCGAGUUGCUGUCAGCGCUGUGCGUUUAUAAUGCGGAUGGAUACGCUCGAGCGGUCGACACACUUGACAGAUACAAGGCUCUCAAAGGCGAUCGGUACCGACUGACCGUGGUGGUAGAAGAACUGAAGAAUGCCACCACCAUCGACUACAAGACCGCGCUCGUGGCCUUCAUCAACUGCCUCAUCAUAUCAGCUCCCCGCCUUCCAGACAGGAUUCGAGUUAGAAACGAGUUUAUUGGACUUGGACUACUUCCCACACUUAGUAAUCUAAGGCAUGAAGCUGCCAGUCACCCGAACUUGGGCGUCCAACUCGACGUGUUCGAGGAGCAGCGGGAGAGCGACGAGGCGCAAGGCCCUGGAGGGAUCAAUCUCAACUCACAUCUCGACGUCUUCUACGCUAUUUUGAAACAGGUUUCAGAUACACCACAAGAAAUCCCAUUCCUGAGCAUCCUACAACACUUGCUUCGGAUAGACCCCAAGGAGGCAGUCAGUGAUAUAGUUUGGGACACGGCGGAGACGCUGGUACACAGGGCUACUCUCUUGGAGACGAGGGAAGACGCUGCCAAACUCCUCAGAGCGCCUAGUGUUCAGGCUAAAAUGGGGUGCACAUGUCAACACAGAGACCUGUCGGGUUCGAAUCGCAAACAGAGUCUACAGCGGGCCUUGUCACCACCACCGCCGCCGCCGCCCGCUCCCGCGCCUCCUCCUGCUGCCCCGCCGCCACCGCUACCGCCCGCGCCGCCCGCACCCCCCGCGCCCCCCGCUCUUCGUGGUGCACCCCCUCCCCCGCCCCUCGGCGCGCCCAUCCCACCCCCCGCACCCGCGCCCGUCAUCACGCUGCCCCAGCAGGAGACCCCGCUACCCAAGACCAAGAUGAAGACCAUCAAUUGGAACAAAAUACCCAGCAAUAAGGUGGUUGGCCAAAACAACAUUUGGUCAAUAGUAGCAUCGAGUCACAAGCAUUCGCCAAAGACAGAACUGGAUUGGAGUGAGAUCGAAGGACUUUUCUGCCAGCAGGUUCAACCACCAGGAUCAGCCGGGUCCUCACCACGCCUUGGGCGAAGCCCCAUCUGUGACAGCUCCGGGGAAAGGAAACCGAGGAAGGAGCCUUCUGAGAUCACACUCCUGGAUGGCAAACGGAGCUUAAACGUCAACAUAUUCUUAAAGCAGUUCCGAAGUUCCAAUGAAGACAUAAUUCAGCUAAUACGCGAAGGUGCUCACGACGAUAUUGGUACAGAAAAGCUGCGCGGCCUUCUCAAGAUCCUUCCCGAGAUAGACGAGUCCGAGAUGCUGAAAUCGUUUACCGGUGAUGUCACCAAGCUGGGCAAUGCUGAGAAAUUCCUGCUGCAACUUAUCCAGCUACCCAACUACAAAUUACGGAUAGAAUGCAUGCUGCUGAAAGAGGAAUGGGCGUCGACUGCUGGCUACCUGGAGAGUGCCAUCAACGCGAUAUUGGUAGCUGGAGACGAUCUGAUGUCUUCUAGGGCCAUCCAGGAAAUCCUCUACAUCGCGCUGAUAGCCGGCAACUUCCUGAACGCGGGCGGGUACGCGGGCGGCGCCGCGGGCGUCAAGCUGUCUUCCCUGCAGAAGCUAUCUGACAUCCGCGCCAACAAGCCCGGCAUGAACCUGAUGCACUACGUUGCUAUGCAAGCAGAACGCAAGAACAAAGAACUGAUCCAUUUCGCUGACGACAUCCGAGUUUUGGAAGAGGCUUCAAAAGCGAGCGUGGAACAGCUUCACAACGAAAUCAACACCCUCUCCCUCCGGAUAAGCACUCUGAAGAGGGACAUACAAGCCACCACGCAUCUUGACAUCAAGGAGCAGAUGUGGGAUUUCUUGCAGGUUGCUGAAAGAGAAGUAUCGGCUCUCAACAAAGAUAUGGAAGAAGUGGAGAGUAUGAGGAAACAGCUCGCAGAGUUCUUUUGUGAAGAUCCAGUCUCUUUCAAACUUGAGGAAUGCUUUAAGAUAUUCGUAACCUUCUGCAGCAAGUUCCGAUCCGCGGUGAGCGACAACGAGCGGCGACGAGCGCACGAGGAGCAAGCGGCUGCCAGGCGACGAGCGCGCGACCAGGCGGCGAUCAAUGUCGCCAAGACUAGGGCAGGUGGUAGUGUCUGCAGCACACCAGUAUCGGAGUGUGAAUCUCUCAUGGAAUCCCUGUUGCUUGAUAUAAGGAACGGUCUCGGACGGAGAUCUUUAAGAAAGCCGCACGAUAUGUCACCAUCACCAGACGUAACUCCCACGGGUAGCCUGCGUCGCAGAAGCAGAGCGAGUCCAGGGGACGACGAGGACGGCUUGCUGGAGUUCCUACGACACUCGUCACCCGCUGCCAACGAGUUGAGAGAGAGAAGCGCUUGGGGAAGCCUUGAUCGAUCGUGGUCGCGCCGAGGCCCGGUGCGCGCGCGGCUCGAGAUCCCCGACAGAGAGCGCGAGCGGCCCGCCUCGCCGCGCGCCUCGCCGCCCUCGCCGCCCUCGCCCGCCGCGCCCGACGCCACCACCGCUAAACCUAAGGAAUGGCGCCAGAAGAUCGAGUCGUGGCUUCGCGCCAGCAGCGAGGAGGAGCGCCGGCCGCGCCGCUCGCCGCUCAGCCUGCACACCACCGCGCUCCAUCGGCGCUCCUUGGAAAACGAUUCCGAGAGCGAGCGCAGCACAACGCUGGACACGCUGGCGGAAGGGCGCGCCGAGUGGCGCCCCGCAGUGCCCACCGACAACGACCUCGUGCGUGCCAUCGAAGCCGUCGAAGAUGUUCAACCAAAACCAAAAGAAAGGUUACCAUGGAGAAAGACGGAAGAAAACGAAGAGAUGAGGCGACUGAGACGACAACGAUCGCGACCACAAAUAGAAUCCCCUCAGCCCCUCGUCUCCAUCAGCGAGGAGGACAAGCGCAAGCUGCCAGACAUUACCGUCACCACUGCCAAAGACCACAAGACAGACAAGUCGGACAGAGUCGGUAUCGACUCUGACAACAUUGAAACGCCACCAGUUCAAAGGAAGAUGUUCAAUCCUCCACCAGAAAGAGAACCAUGUCGGAAAUUCCAUCCUUCCCUUUCAAGUUCUAGUCUCACGGAUAAAGCUUCAGCGGAAAUGAAGGAUUUGUGUCAAGAGAUAUUAGGUGAUGGACAGUUCGACAGAUUCUCUGCAGCUAGAAGAACGAGACGAUACAAACGAACCCCAGAAUCGAGUUCACCUGAAGAAGAGAAGAAACCGGAUGUCUCAUCAGAACUAGUUGCGGAGACACAAGUGAUCCGACCGUCUAAACUAGACAUCCAAGCUUCAUAUCCUGUCGACACUCCUAAAGAGACGGCUGUGGCGAAACCGGUGGAAGAAGUAGUCAAAGAAGAGAAGGAGGUUAGGUUGAAACGUUGGCAGGACAGAUUAAAAAACCAAAGUACCCAAAGCACGGAUAAAACGCCAACCAAAGAUAACAAAUCGGUGCCAUACUCGAGGAUGAGGCGGCAGACUUCGAUCAAUCAAGAGGAUGUUCAGAAAGCUAUCAGAGAAUUAAAAUCUCCGACGCAAACACCUACCGGUGUGUGGUCAAGGAGUGCGUAUAGAAAAUCUCUAAACACGAAGACCGAGAGAGCGCCCACAACGGAAAGGACGACGUCACCUCGAAUACCGAAAGUUAAAAGCGAGCACGAGCUCAACGACGAAGGUUUCGAGGAGACGCAAAGUCUGAAUUCGGAAAGUGCAUCCCAGGGAGCUUCCUCGGGUUGCAAUAUGGAAUGUGAAUCUCCUACGCCGAAGAAAGUUAAAGAAAUUCCAAAGAAAAUUGCUUCCAAAGAGACAAAAACGCCACCUCGGACACCGUUGGAUCCGAAGCGCCCGUUCGCGAAACGGGCGAGCUCUUUAAGGGUCGAAAGGUCUACCUCCCGUGCGUCCUUACGGAGUUCCAGAAGUUCUCUGAACAGUUCUGCGUCUGUCGCUACCGUGAAGAGGGCUCCUCCAGCUCCAGCGAAACCUGCUCCAAAACCAAUCCCAAAGCCAAUCUCUAGACUACCUGCAUCCAGGUCUUCUUCGAGCGGAAGUUCAGUAGGCGCAAGGCCGCUGAUGAAAACAGCUGCCAAAAGUUCAGGGUUUAUGAGACCUACUCAAGCUUCUAAAGGCAGAGGAUCGACUCCUCCAACUGGCUUGAAAACCAGUGUGAAAUAAAAAUUCUGAUUAGGAUUAUUGUGACAAGAUUAAUUACUGUAACUUAUAAUCAUUUUAUUGUCAAACACGGUUUACACUCCGCCCAACAAUGUUGAAAUCCAACGUUGCUAACAUAACAAAGUUGUGAUUGAAGUUAGCACAUAGCAGAAGGGGCAAAUCCGCGCUUGAUUGAAUAAGGUUAUGCUUGGCAUAUAAUCGGCCAUAUUGUAAGUUGUAACUAAAGAAAUAUUGGUACAAUGCGUCCCAAUAAGGAGACGAGUCGAUAACAGCAGCGUUAAUCAUUCGAUCUCACUUACACUUACUUACUCGGUGUAGUGUGUGAUGGAGACGGCAUGAUUAGACGCUGGUUUGUUUCGGUUCUUCUGUUUGUUCGCAUGCGUGAUAUCAAAAGUUAUACCAGUGGAAACGGCCAGUGAUGGCGGCAGAGUAUUAUAAUAUACAAAAAUAACCAAUCAUAAAAAAAAACAUUAUUGGAAUCUUCAGAUAACUGGUGCUGAAUCUCAACGAAAGAAAAUCUGAAGCUUUCAAUGACUGAGUUUUAAAUAUAAGUCUAACACCUAGAUCUGUUUAGAAUUGAAAUUAUAAAGUAAAUAUAAAAAUGCAUUAUGAGUUAUUUUCAUAAUUGGGCCCGUACGUAAUUUUUACGAUUGAUUUUUAAUUUUUUAAUUUUAUGAUCGAGAAAAUUCCAAAUGAUCAAAUUUUUAGUUUUACGUUUUUUAUUUAAUGUGCCACGAUUUUGUACGGGUAAUAUAUUAUGUAAACAUUUUAUUCUAGUUGAUACCAGUGAUUUUAUUUUUAAUUAAUUUCGGAUAUUAUAACAUUCGUAUAUCUAAUUUAAUUUUGGAAAAGUAAUGGUCGUUAAAAUGUUCUAUCAAAAUUUUCCGUCCAAGCACGAAAUAAAUUAAGUUCUUUCUAACUAGUUACCCUCCUUAUUUCUGCACUUGUGAUUUGAUAAAAAAAAAUUGUACCUACCAGCAUUUUUCCAUCUUUUUUCAUUUUUUUUUUAAAUACUUGUUCACAUUAUUAUGCGUGUAAAAAACACUUUUUAUUCUUCUUCACGAUCUGAUUUUAUUCGUAAGCCUUUUUACUUAUAGCUUUAGUAAUAUUUUACUGUCACAAAGUAAAUCGUUUUAUAAGUGUUAACACCAAUUGUCUUAUAUUUUACGUGUUUAUAUAUUUUACUAAAAGGAAAUACAAUAAAUUUAUAUUCGACAAGA